AUGUGGAACACUCUGUUUAGGGAGACGAUUGCCGAUGUGAUUCGUACUAGCCUGGGGCCACGUGCUAUGCUCAAGAUGCUCAUGGAUCCUAUGGGAGGCCUGGUUCUCACAAAUGAUGGGAAUGCAAUUUUACGGGAAAUUACCGUGAAACAUCCGGCCGCGAAGUCAAUCAUCGAAAUUGCCCGCACUCAGGACGAGGAAGUUGGCGAUGGGACGACGUCGGUGAUUGUACUGGCCGGUGAGGUUAUGUCGCAGGCAGAACAGUUCCUGGAUCAGAACAUUCAUCCAACCAUUGUCAUCCAGGCUUAUCGCAUGGCGCUCGAAGAUAUGAUUGGUUUCGCGGAAGAGAAAUUCAGCAAGCCGAUUGACAUCAACAACGAUGAGGAAAUUGCAUGUGUAAUAAAAUCAUGUUUGGGCACCAAAAUGCUUUCGAAGUGGAUGAGUUUGGCAGUGAGUAUUGCUCUGAAUGCGGUGAAAACUGUUCGAAUCACUGACGCGGGACAUCACGAA